UCUCUAUUUACCACCUCUGUUGUUUAUGUAGGCUCUUUUGUAAAAACAAUUUUUGGGUUCAUCCGAACCCGCUAUGAAUUCAGAGUUUCAAAACAUUUUGGAAUUCUGUACGUUCUUCAAACAUUUAUUGGUUGAGGAAUUAGCUUUAAAAAAAGAUUACUCAACUGUGCACUAUGGAAAGUGCGCAGUGAUUGGUCGACUUUCGAGGAACACGAAUCAGCUACGGUUAGAAAACGUGCGUGUAAAAGAUUUACAGGAAGAAUAUCGCUUGCCCGAGGGGAGAGUGUCACUUCCUCUUUUAGGUUUAACCAGAGACAAGGCCAACGAGCAACACGUAAGUGUCGGCUGCUACUGCAUUAUUCGGGGAGAAGUCGUCCUUGUCAAUUUAUUAAAUGAAAAAGAACGCCCCCUUACAUCCAGAGGCGUCAAAGAGUACAUUAGCAUCCGAACGCUCGAUGGAAUAGCCCGUAAACAAUACUUAGACGACUUGCUUCUGUCCCACAUUCCAGCCAUAGAUGUGUGGUUUGCUCAUCCGGUGGACGCUCCCGAGGAUCUGCUAGAACGCAAAUUAAGGGCAAACCUUUAGCGAGAAUUUUGAUUGGCAGAAUUACGACUUGGAAGCUGUUCACCAGACUGCCUGGCAGGAGUUUUGGGAACUC